AUGUCCCGUUGUCUUUUACUGGCUCGGUUCGCCGUCGGUUGUUCUCAGAGGACCAGUUCACGGCUGAUUCCGGGUGUUCGAGGGCUGAGCAGCCGGACGGUGUCGCGUCCCAACAUCAGAGAUUUACAGGCUGGACAUCUGCAGAAAUGGAGCAGCCAGUCCAGAGUAUGGAGCUCCUGCCUUGGCUUCAGCCAGCAGUCAUAUUACAGCACCCAGGAGGCUGAGAAAGAGCCUGAGGAGGAGCCUCUGCACACCAUCAUCAGUGACACAGAGUCCGUACAAGGUAGUUUCUCCAAACAUGAAUUUCAGGCAGAGACAAAAAAGUUGCUGGACAUUGUCGCAAGGUCCCUGUACUCUGAAAAAGAGGUGUUCAUCAGGGAACUCAUCUCCAAUGGCAGUGAUGCUCUGGAAAAACUGCGCCACCGACUGAUCACAGCAGGUGGAGAAACAGCCCCCAUGGAGAUCCACCUGCAGACCGAUGCAAACAAAGGCACCUUCACCAUCCAGGACACUGGAGUGGGGAUGAACCAAGAGGAGCUUGUGGCGAACCUGGGCACUAUCGCUCGCUCUGGUUCUAAGGCGUUUUUGGAUGCACUGCAGAACCAGGCAGAGGCCAGCAGCACCAUCAUCGGUCAGUUUGGGGUCGGAUUCUACUCUGCCUUCAUGGUGGCAGAUCGCGUGGAAGUCUAUUCCCGGUCUGCAGAGCCAGACGCUCCUGGAUACAAGUGGUCCUCAGAUGGCUCUGGGGUUUUUGAGAUCGCUGAAGCCAGCGGUGUUCAACAGGGCACAAAGAUCGUGCUCCACCUCAAAGACGACUGUAAGGAGUUUUCCUCUGAGGAUAGAGUUAAAGACGUUGUUACCAAGUACAGUAACUUUGUGAGCUUCCCCAUCUUCCUGAAUGGACGGAGGCUCAACACCCUGCAGGCCUUGUGGAUGAUGGAGCCUAAACAGAUCAGCGACUGGCAACACGAGGAGUUUUACCGCUACGUUGCACAGGCCUAUGAUAAGCCUCGCUACACGCUGCACUACCGCGCUGAUGCACCACUCAACAUUCGCAGUAUCUUUUAUGUCCCUGAUUCGAAGCCAAGCAUGUUCGACGUGAGCAGGGAGAUGGGCUCCAGUGUGGCUCUGUACAGCAGGAAGGUCCUGAUCCAGACCAAAGCCACAGACAUCCUGCCCAAAUGGCUGCGCUUUCUCCGAGGUGUGGUGGAUAGUGAAGACAUUCCAUUGAAUCUGAGCAGAGAACUUCUGCAGGAGAGUGCCCUCAUCAGGAAGCUGCGUGAUGUUUUGCAGCAGAGGGUGAUCCGCUUCCUGUUGGACCAGAGCAAGAAAGAGCCUGAGAAAUACAACAAGUUCUUUGAGGACUACGGCCUCUUCAUGAGGGAGGGAAUCGUCACCACGCAGGAGCAGGAUGUCAAGGAGGACAUUGCGAAGCUGCUCCGGUUUGAGUCGUCCGCUCUGCCAGCGGGUGAGCAAACCAAUCUAAUGGAAUACAGCUCCCGCAUGAAGGCCGGCACACGCAACAUCUACUACCUGUGUGCCCCCAACCGCCACCUAGCAGAGCACUCGCCUUACUACGAGGCCAUGAAAAAGAAAGACAUGGAGGUGCUGUUCUGCUACGAACAGUUUGACGAGCUGACUCUGCUCCACCUCCGAGAGUUUGACAAGAAGAAGCUGAUUUCAGUUGAGACGGACAUUGUGGUGGAUCACUACAAGGAAGAGAAGUUCCAGGACAGCAAACCUGCAUCUGAGCGUCUGACGCAGGAACAGGCUGACGACCUGAUGGCGUGGAUGAAAAAUGCUCUGGGCCCUCGAGUCACCAACAUAAAGGUCACCCCCCGUCUGGACACACACCCAGCUAUGAUCACAGUGCUGGAGAUGGGCGCCGCACGCCACUUCCUCCGGACCCAACAGCUGGCCCGAAGCGCUGAGGAGAGAGCCCAGAUACUGCAGCCCACACUGGAGAUCAACGCAGGGCAUGAUCUGAUCAAGAAGAUGCACACACUGAAGGAAACAAACUCUGAACUGGCAGGACUUCUACUGGAACAGAUCUACGACAACGCCAUGAUCACAGCCGGCUUAAACGACGAUCCACGGCCGAUGAUUUCCCGCCUCAACGACCUGCUGACUAAAGCCCUGGAGAAACAUUGAGACGCUGCAGCACAUGCAGACAUGGACGGUGCAGACGCUUGGGCCGCUUGAAGGACGGCGCCCGUAGACUGAAGAUUUACUGCAGAUAAACGGCUCAAAAACCUAGAGAACAGCGGUUUCUGUGGAGCAUUACAAGCUUUUGUUCGUCUUCAGCCGUAAAAUCACAUCCCUUUCCCUCUUCUUAAAACCGUCCAGUGAGCGCUGGUUUCAUCCGUGCUGACGGAGAGCACACGAAGGCUUAAACUCAGAGACAAUGAACUGCACUGAGCCUUUGUGGGCUUAUUCCUAAACACUUGUCCUCAUGCUGUGUCGAGCUCUAUGUAAGUCCAAAUUCUGGCAACAGUAUAUUGACUACAUACCCAAUCUGCUGUCAGUUCAGUUACAUCCUCUGAUUAGAUCUAUACAUGUAGAAAUGCUCUUUUUUUAACAUUGCUAUUUUGUUAAACAAGAUCAGACUUAAUAUCAUUUGCCUUUUAAACACUAAAUAUUCCGUG